ACCCACUCGUCUUUCGUCCCCUUUUCUACUCACCUCUCUCAUCGAAAACCCAACACACCUGCCCCCCCUCAAGAACAACACACCAUUAACUCCAACAAAUUCACUGUUCAAUUCAAUCCAAUCCAAUCCAAAACCACCAAUCAACCCCACAAUUCAUCAAACAAGAUUCACCCUACUAUCAAAUUCAUCCUUUUUCACUCAAUUCACCCUCAAAUUUCGAAACUUUUUGUUGUUUUCAUCACAAGAACAGCUCGAAUUCGAAAACCCAGUUGUUACUUUUGUUAAUAAUGCGAGAAAAAUUGUGGGUUUUGUUAAUGGUGGGUUGUCUGAUCUGGGUUUCGUCUGUAGCUGUGAUUUGAUGUUUAUGGAAGAUUAAUUUGAGAUAUUUAAUGGAGUUCAAGAUUGUUUUUUCUAGAAGGAAAUGUUGGACUGAGCUAUUAGUUCUACAGGUUCUAUUAGUUUUACUAUUUUUCGACAUCAUACAAGCGAAACACCACCAUAACGAAUUACAACAGAGAGAGCCUGUAAAAGGCGGUGAAGAUAUCGCAUCACAUUCUUGUAUCCACGAUGAAAUAAUCGAACAAAGAAGAAAACGUUCCGGAAACAAGGUUUAUUCGGUAACUCCACAAGUUUAUCAAGCUGCUGAUACUGAGCCUCUUCAUCGCACCGGAAGGGCAUUAUUGGAAAUCCCAAAAGUUUCGGGCUUUUCUAAAAACGCUAAACAACCCAUCAGAAUUUAUUUGAAUUAUGAUGCUGUGGGUCAUUCGCCCGCUAGAGAUUGUAGAAACAUUGGUGAUAUAGUAAAAUUAGGUGAACCACCUGCAGCUUCUCAUUUGGGUACACCUUCGUGUAAUCCUCGCAAUGAUCCUCCGAUAUUUGGUGAUUGUUGGUAUAAUUGCACUUCGGAUGAUAUAGCUGGCGAGGAUAAACGGCGUCGUCUUCGAAGGGCUUUAGGGCAGACAGCAGACUGGUUUAUGAGAGCGUUGGCUGUUGAGCGUGUACGAGGAAACCUUCGGUUAAGUGGUUACUCUGCUUGUGGUCAAGACGGUGGUGUUCAACUUCCACGUGAAUAUGUUGAAGAGGGUGUUGCUGAUGCUGAUUUGGUUCUUCUGGUGACUACAAGGCCCACCACCGGCAAUACUUUAGCAUGGGCGGUAGCCUGUGAACGUGAUCAAUGGGGUCGUGCAAUUGCCGGACAUGUGAAUGUCGCCCCUCGUCACUUAACAGCGGAAGCAGAAACGUUACUUUCGGCUACCCUCAUACACGAAGUGAUGCAUGUUCUUGGGUUUGACCCUCACGCGUUCGCUCAUUUUAGAGAUGAGAGAAAAAGACGUCGAAGUCAGGUUACCGAACAGAUAAUGGAUGAAAAGCUUGGGAGGAUGGUGACACGUGUCGUGCUGCCACGCGUUGUUAUGCAUUCACGCCAUCAUUAUGGGACAUUCUCCGAGAAUUUCACGGGGCUGGAACUGGAAGACGGUGGGGGCCGCGGAACUUCAGGAUCUCAUUGGGAGAAAAGGCUUUUAAUGAAUGAAAUUAUGACGGGUUCCGUUGAUACACGUUCAGUGGUUUCAAAGAUGACGUUAGCUUUACUUGAAGAUAGCGGUUGGUACGAGGCUAAUUAUAGUAUGGCGGACCGUCUUGAUUGGGGCCAUAAUCAAGGGACAGAGUUUGUUACGGGCCCUUGUAACCUUUGGAAAGGGGCUUAUCAUUGCAACACAACACAGCUAACGGGUUGUACAUAUAAUCGGGAAGCCGAGGGUUAUUGCCCAAUUGUAAAUUAUAGUGGCGAUCUUCCUUCGUGGGCCCGUUAUUUUCCUCAACCUAAUAAAGGUGGACAAUCGUCAUUGGCUGAUUUUUGCACGUAUUUUGUAGCGUAUUCUGAUGGUUCAUGUAUAGACACUAACAGUGCACGAGAGCCCGAUAGAAUGUUGGGUGAAGUACGCGGAAGUAACUCGAGGUGUAUGUCCUCUUCAUUAGUAAGAAACGGCUUUGUUAGGGGUUCUAUGACCCAAGGAAACGGUUGUUAUCAACGAAGAUGUGUAAACAAUACGUUGGAGGUUGCUGUUGAUGGCAUUUGGAAGGUAUGCCCUGAAGCCGGUGGGCCGAUCCAGUUUCCGGGCUUUAACGGUGAACUGAUCUGCCCAUCAUAUCACGAACUCUGUAGCGUUGACCCUAUUUCGAAAUCCGGGCAGUGCCCGAACUCAUGCAACUCCAAUGGCGACUGUGUUGACGGAAAAUGUCACUGUUUUAUUGGGUUCGAUGGCCAGGAUUGUAGCAAACGGUCCUGCCCUAGCAAUUGUAGUGGAAACGGGAAAUGCUUAAAAAACGGUGUUUGUGAAUGCGCAAACGGAUACACCGGGAUCGAUUGCUCAACCGCUGUAUGUGAUGAACAAUGCAGUCUUCAUGGUGGAGUGUGUGAUAAUGGUGUGUGUGAAUUCCGGUGCUCCGAUUAUGCAGGGUACACCUGUCGGAACACUUCGAAUCUUCUUGACAGCCUGUCGAUUUGUAAAGAUGUUUUAGCGAACGAUGGUGACGGCCAACAUUGUGCACCGAGUGAAUCGAGCAUUUUACAACAGCUUGAGGAAGUUGUUGUCAUGCCGAAUUAUAACCGGUUGUACCCAACGGGUGCGAGAAAAAUUCUCAACAUUUUUAGAGGCAGAAAUUGUGAUAAAGCUGCGAAACGACUAGCUUGUUGGAUAUCAAUACAAAAAUGUGAAAAGGACGGUGACAACAGAUUACGAGUGUGUCACUCAGCAUGCCAAGCGUACAAUAUGGCGUGUGGGGCCUCGUUGGAUUGUUCGGAUCAAACCCUUUUCAGCGAAGAAGGUGAAGGGGAGGGGGAAGGAGUGUGCACAGGUUGGGGUGAAAUGGAAUCAUGGUUUUGAGAGAUAAUUUGUAACUGUGACAUUCAUGUAAAUCAUAGGUAGUUUUUUACUUUACCCGAGUCAAUCGUGUUUGGGCGGGUUUAGUGUAUAAUUUAGGGUUUAGGUCAUAGCACAAAGUGCUAAUGGCUUUAGAAUUAGGGUUGCAAUUUCCUAACCCAAGAGUUUUUUUACUUGGUGAAAUGUAAGAAGAAUGUUAUGGAUUACAAGGAAAAGAUCAAAAAAGGGAAGAUUUGCUUGCUUGCUA